AUUCCUCACUUUCCUGUGUAUACUCGCUCUGGAGAGGUUACAAUAUCUAUUGAGCUUAAGAAAUCUGGGUUUACGCUGUCUCUGCAAAUGCUUGAGCUGAUAACACGACUCCACCAGUACAUUUUUUCACAUAUUCUUCGUCUUGAGAAACCUGCACUAGAGUUCAAACCCACAGAAGCUGAUUCAGCCUAUUGUGUUCUACCUCUUAAUGUUGUUGAUGACUCCAGCACUUUGGACAUUGACUUUAAGUUUAUGGAAGACAUUGAGAAAUCUGAGGCACGUACAGGCAUUCCCAGUACACAAUAUACAAAAGAAAUGCCUUUUAUUUUCAAGUUAGAAGAUUACCAGGAUGCAGUUAUCAUUCCACGAUAUCGAAAUUUUGAUCAGCCUCAUCGAUUCUAUGUAGCUGAUGUAUACACUGAUCUUACUCCACUCAGUAAAUUCCCCUCCCCUGAAUAUGAAACUUUUGCUGAAUAUUAUAAAACAAAGUAUAAUCUUGACCUGACCAAUCUCAACCAGCCACUGCUGGAUGUGGACCACACAUCUUCGAGACUUAAUCUUUUGACUCCUCGCCAUUUGAAUCAGAAGGGGAAAGCGCUUCCACUAAGCAGUGCUGAGAAGAGGAAAGCAAAGUGGGAAAGUUUGCAGAAUAAGCAGAUACUGGUUCCAGAGCUCUGUGCUAUACAUCCUAUUCCAGCAUCAUUGUGGAGAAAAGCAGUUUGCCUCCCCAGCAUACUUUAUCGCCUGCACUGCCUUUUGACAGCAGAGGAACAAAGAGCUCAACCAGCCACUGAUGCUGGUGUAGGGGUUAAAUCACUUCCUGCAGAUUUCAGAUAUCCUAACUUGGACUUCGGAUGGAAAAAGUCUAUUGACAGCAAAUCCUUCAUCUCUAUUCCUAGCUCCUCUUUAGUAGAGAACGAAAAUUACUGUAAGCACAGCACAAUUGUAGUCCCUGAAAAUGCUGCACAUCAAGGUGCUAAUAGAACCUCUUCUGCAGAAAACCAUGACCAAAUGUCUGUGAGUUACAGAACAUUGCUCAAUGAGUCACCCAGUAAACUCCAAAUUGAUGUCUCGGCAGAACUUGCAGCAAUUAAUGGUGUUUCUUAUAAUAAAAAUCUUGCCAAUGGCAAUUGUGAUUUAGUUAACAGAGACUUUUGCCAAGGAAAUCAGCUGAAUUACUGCAGGCAGGAAAUACCUGUACAACCAACUACCUCAUAUCCCAUUCAGAAUUUAUACAGCAGUGAGAACCAGCUCAAGUCCAGCAAUGAAUGUACUCUACUGAGUAAUAAAUACCUUGAUGGAAAUGCUAACAGAUCUACCUCAGAUGGAUGCCCCAAAAUGGCAGUGACCACCAGUACUUCAAAAGCUAUUACUCUUUCAAAAGACAGAGCAGAUUCUGAAAAGAACCCUUCCAGUGGGUACUCCUCAAAAACUCUUGGUCCUAAUCCUGGUCUCAUUCUUCAAGCUUUGACUCUUUCAAAUGCUAGUGAUGGAUUUAAUCUGGAGCGGCUAGAAAUGCUUGGUGAUUCAUUUUUAAAGCAUGCCAUCACUACAUACUUGUUUUGCACUUACCCUGAUGCUCAUGAGGGACGGCUGUCAUAUAUGAGAAGCAAAAAAGUCAGCAACUGUAACUUGUAUCGCCUUGGAAAAAAGAAAGGACUGCCUAGUCGUAUGGUGGUAUCGAUUUUUGAUCCCCCAGUCAAUUGGCUUCCUCCUGGUUACAUAGUAAACCAGGACAAGAGCAACACUGAUAAGUGGGAGAAAGAUGAAAUGACAAAGGAGAACUUGUUGGCUAAUGGUAAACUUGAUGAUUAUGAUGAUGAUGAAGAGGAUGAAGACCUAAUGUGGAGGUUACCCAAGGAAGAAACAGACUUUGAAGAUGAUUUUCUGGAGUAUGAUCAGGAGCAUAUCAAAUUCAUUGAUAAUAUGUUAAUGGGAUCAGGGGCUUUUGUGAAGAAAAUUUCUCUCUCACACUUUUCAACCACUGAUUCAAACUAUGAAUGGAAAGCACCCAAAAAGUCAUCCCUGGGUAAUGUUCAGUUUUCAUCAGAUUUUGAUGAUUUUGACUAUAGCUCUUGGGAUGCUAUGUGCUAUCUGGAUCCUAGCAAGGCCGUUGAAGAGGAUGAUUUUGUAGUGGGCUUCUGGAAUCCAUCAGAAGAAAACUGUGGUGUUGAUGCAGGAAAACAGUCUAUCUCAUAUGACUUGCAUACAGAGCAGUGUAUUGCUGACAAAAGCAUUGCAGACUGUGUGGAAGCCCUGUUGGGCUGCUAUCUGACCAGCUGCGGUGAAAGAGCUGCUCAGCUUUUCCUGUGUUCAUUGGGGCUGAAGGUGCUCCCUGUAAUUAAAAAGACUGAUUGGGAAGGCACUUUGUGUGCUACCAGAGAGAAUUUUAACAGUGAGCAGAAAAAUCUUUCACCAAACUCUGUAGCUUCUGUAGCUAAUUCAGAGCCUUCUCUGUAUAAAGACCUGGAGUAUGGCUGUUUGAAGAUUCCACCGAGGUGUAUGUUUGAUCACCCAGAUGCUGAAAAAACCCUAAAUCACCUUAUUUCUGGUUUUGAAAACUUUGAGAAGAAAAUAAACUACAGUUUUAAGAACAAGGCUUAUCUCCUUCAGGCAUUUACUCAUGCCUCAUACCAUUAUAAUACCAUUACUGGUAAGUUGUCUUAAAGAAACUAGGGCUUUUUCUCGUAUUGUAAAUGUAAGAGAAGCAGUUUAAGUUGUGUUCCCAUAUGUAGUCUUUAAAGAGGUACUUUAAGAAGUCAAUAGCCUCUGAAUACAAAAUCUUAGAAAAGAAUAACUUGCCCCUUUUUUAGAGGG